ACCCAAGACCCAAGACCUCGAGACCACGAGACACGAGAACCCAAGACCACCAGACCCAGACCCAAACCCAAGACCCAAACCAAGACUCGAGACACGAGAACAACACGAGACACGAACACAAGACCCAGACCCAAGACCCAAGACUCGAGACACGAGACAACUAGGACCCAAGACCCCCCCCCCCCCCAAGACCCAAGACUCGGAGACACGAUACACGAGACCCAAGACCCCAGACCCUAGACCCGCGACUCGAGACCCGAGACACGAGACCCAAGACCCAAGACCAAGACUCGAGACACGGACCAAACACGAGACCAGACACAAGACCCAAGACCCGAGACCGAGACUCGAGACACGAGACCCAGACCCAAGACCCAAACCCAAGACACAGACCCAAGACCCAAGACCCCAAGACACAAGACACAAGACACAAGACACAAGACACAAGACAACCAGAACACAAGACCCAAGACACAACCACAAGAGAGAAUAG